GGUCUUGGAAGUGUUGUGGCUAAAGUUAGAGGAGCUCUUAAAACUCUCUUUGCAGUCAACAGGCAUCACGUCAUCGCCUCAAAAUACCACGGUCCGUCGAGGAUGUGAGAGAACUACAUUUCCCACAAACCCGCUUGCACAGCACCAUUGGUGGUGGCACAGGUGACCGCGGACGCUCCGAGUUGUGACAACAUCUCGACGGUCUAAACGAAAACAAAUUCGCCUCUGAAGUGCCAGGCUGUACACGCCGUAGCGGUCACACACAGAAACCUUAAACUCUUUUUUUCACCUAUUUGAACGCUACUUUUUUUCUUCUGGUAGUGCGUGGCAGGUUUGGUAUUACCAGAGCGCACGAGAGAAGUGGGCACGCACUUUUCCUGAACCUGACUACCUCGUUCUGUCUGACCUUCAGAUCGGAUUGCCAUCCGCUUUGUCCAGCAUCCUGACAUGUAGUCAGCAGCAUAAGCAGAGCUUAUUCCUCCUUGUGAACUAUUUUUCCUCUCAAACAGCUUCCUCUACCUCUCGGGCUGGACUGCGGUGCAUUGACGUCGGCUCGCCCUCCCCUGCCCCCUCGCCCCCCAGCAAUGGCCUCACGCAUCGGCCUGCGGAUGCAGCUGAUGCGAGACCAGCUGCAGCAAGAGGAGCAGCGUGAGAGGCAGCAGCAGCUACAGCAACAGCAGCAGCAGCAUAAUGCAGCCCUGCAAUACAUGCAGCAUCGCAUGGCUGGGCCACCUGCACCCACCCCAGCCAUUAGCACCCCACAACAUUACCAAAGCAUGCAGGUCCCUGUUGAGGUUCUUAAGGUACAGACCCACCUUGAGAAUCCUACAGACUACCACAUCCGUCAGUCUCUGAAGCAACAGGUGAAAGAAUACCUGUCCACCACCUAUGCCACCAAACAGACGGUCCAUGCAGUAGCAGGGCUGGUGCCGCCCUCUCCUCCCACAAACAUGGGACCUACAGGAGGUUCAGCGUCUGCCCCCCCACCCCUCCACUCCCCACACAUGCGCACCGAGCAGCUUAUGUCUGGAAACAGCGCCCCCAACAGCCCCAUGGCCAUGCUCAACAUUGGCUCCAGCCACGAGAAGGAGAUGGAUGAGGUAAUUGAUGACAUCAUCAGCAUGCAGUCCAAUUACGAUGACAUUCAGGGAUACAUUGACCCUGUCCAGAUGCCAAACACACUCCCCCUUUCUAGCAGUCACCUGGAUGUGUACACAGGUCCUGGAAUGAAGGGGCCGGCCAUAGCAAUGACCAGUAACUCCUGUCCUGCCAACCUGACCAUCAAACGAGAACUGUCAGAUGCAGAAGCCCGUGCGCUGGCCAAGGAGAGACAGAAGAAAGACAACCACAAUCUGAUUGAAAGGAGGAGGAGAUUCAACAUCAAUGAUCGUAUCAAAGAACUGGGCACCAUGAUCCCCAAAACCAAUGACCUUGUGCAUAGUGACGUGCGCUGGAACAAAGGCACUAUAUUGCGGGCGUCUGUAGAGUACAUCAAACGCAUGCAGAAGGAUGUUCAGAGGACCAGAGAGGUGGAGAACAACUUCAAAAGGAUGGAGAUGGCCAACAAACAGCUGUUGCUACGCAUCCAGGAAUUAGAGAUGCAGGCUCGUCUGCAUGGCCUGCCCAACAACUCCCCCUCUGGCCUGAACCCUAAUGACCUGAUGGCUCCUUAUAUAAAACAAGAAACCAGCCCAGAGGAGAACCUCUCUCACUCCCAGUUACAAGCCCACCACCAGCCCCAGCACUUACCCCAGAACCAGGGUCAUCUUCAGGCCCAGCAGCACCACUUCCUCCCACAGACCCACCUCCCCCACCAGGGCCAGAAUCAGCCCCAGCCCAGUCAGCUGCCACCACUCCCCCACCACCUGCAGCCUCAGCCACCCAUCCAGUUCCCAUCUGUAGGCAGCUCCCAGCCCUUUGACUUUACCCAGUCGCUGGACUUGUGUGAUGGGAUACCUGGCUUCUCAGAUGGCAUGUCGGGGCUAGGCGACUUGGGCGGAAUGGACGUCCAAGGGAGGAGAGGCGAGCUGGGCUUCCUGAUGAUGGACGAGCCCUUGUCCCCUAUGGGUGGAGACCCGCUGCUCUCUGCGAUGUCCCCCGAAGCCUCGGUGGACUCAAGCCGCAGGUCCAGCUUCAGCAUAGAGGACGGAGACAUACUGUAGACACAUGCGUACACACACACACGUUCACUCACACAAGCACAAGCACAUGCAGCGGUUUCAGAGAGGUUGCGGUAAAAAAUGUCAUAGUACAUCGGCACAACACAUUUAAAGCACAUACAAACAGAAAGGAAUCAGCCACCAGACAUGACAUAAUUUCACAUCACACAAUUUGAACUUACACAGAUGACACUCAUUUAUGGUACGAUUGUCUCCCAUUAAUGGCAAGAGCAAAAGACGGUACACAGCACUUGCACAGUUGAAAAUAUUCUGUAUAGUGCAAACGUUUACACACACACACACACAUGCACACGCACGCGUGCACACAGACACACACACACACACACACACACACACAAAACACACACACACACACACACAGUGCAUGUGAGAUAAACUGAGCAGCUUUAAACUUUGCCCAACAGACAGAACAUUUACAAGGGGUGAACCAACACUGCCAGGUCAGGAGUUAUAUAGCACACUUGGCCUUGUUUCCAUAAAGGUGGUUCUGAAUCAUAAUUGAACAAGGGACAAAACCAGCAGUUAAUUAGAUUUAAGUUAUGAGAUACAAGGAAAACCAAGUGCAUUGUCUCACUUAGAUAGAGGACAGGUUAUUUUCUCCCUACAUCAACCUCUUUUAGCAUCCAUAAAUGAUUGAAUGAACGAUAGUGAAUAAAAUGGAAAUAGCUUUAUGGUCCUGCAUGCAUAAUUUACACAAUGGGGAUGCAGUCCAGUCACAUUAUUGUGUUCCUCAAUCUGUUAUUCCACAGUUUGCUUCUGCCUCUAGCACAAGCUGUUUGGUGUUUGACAAUGAUCUGUGUUAUCCUGCUAAGCUAAGGUGUAUUCUUAAAGUGUCCACAUUUUAAGAACUUUUUUAAAACUCCCUGGAUGGACACUUUUCCUGUAGGAGGCAGACAGCCUUUUCAUUUAUCCAUUUAUCUACCCCACGUCUAGCUGUAAUUGUUGUCUACUCAAGUACACAUGCACACACACUGCAGUCUGCCAGUUUUUACAUGUUUGACACUUGACUCCGACGUGACCUUUACCCGAAGAAGACCCUGUGAAGUGUGUUGACCUUGGUGAGAGAGUAGAGAAAACCAUUUGAUAGCCUUCAAAAAACAGUGUGUCAUCCAAAUCUGUGAGGUGUCAGAAUACUCAGGUACUGUAAAAGAAUACACAAGCAGGAUCAUUUUUAAGUAGAAGCAGAUGUUAACCUGAGCAGUGUCAGGCUCAUAACCCCUAUCAAUGUGCCUUUUGAUUUUUGCAGCUGCUGCUCUUCAAAAGUAUGUUUAUAUAGGUCAGAAGUCACAAGCAGGGUUUAGGCUUAGCAUCAACUUCAAUUAUGCCUGUAAAUGCUUGAGAGUUUGCUUCUGUACCAACUAUACCUUUGUUGUUGCAGGAGGUAAAGGUUUUAUUUUUCUCUCACUAACUGACUUUGUGGGGCCGAACUUGUAUGAGAAGCCCAGGGGAAGGAAAGACAUAGUGACGGGGUUUAAUACUGGAGAGAUAGAUAGUUUGUCUCGGCUGACAGCAGAAGUAGUGUAAUCUUCACUGUAAAAGCACAGCAUUAGCACACGCAUGCAUUCACGCGCUCACUCGGUUCACAAACAGGCAUGCAUUAAACGUGUAAAUGCUCACCUAAAACACGCAUAUGCAUAAUUGUGCUCACACACACAUACAAUACAUACAGCGCAGCCUUGAGGCGGUUUUCAGAUCAACACGUUAACAAGUCUCCUGUGCUACAGUCUCUCCCCAGACGUGUCGAGUGAAGCUGCCAUCUCUAGAGGUAGAACGCAGGUCUUCUGCUCAAGCUGCCACUUACAGUAAAGGGAAUCUGUUAUCCCACUGGCUACAGUUGUCACAGUGAUGGUUGAUUGGGCAGGCUGAGGUGGACCUGAGUUGUAUCUCUGCUGUGGUAAACCUGGGGCUUGGCUUUGAUUUGAUAUAGCUUAUGAUCAGUACCGAUAAAGGUAGAAAAAAUACUUUGAUGGUGAUUUUUUCUUUGAUUUAAAGAAGUGGUUGUUUUCUUUACUAUAUAGUUUGUUGUUUAUUUUAUCUCCCAAAGCACUGGAAACUAUAUUAUUGUUUUGACUUUGUACAUGGAAGAAUUAUGGAAUAAGAUUUAUUUCAAAUGUUAUAUGCCACUAAGCCACUUAAAUGUAUUGUAUUUGUAUUUGUUGUUUUAGUUCUGUUUCAAUUUUAUUCCAAAACAACCCUUUUUUCUCAGAGCCAUUUUCAGUAAGCACACUAUAAAGGCAUUAAAGCCACCAAUGUUUUAUUGGGGAAGGAGUGGGGAAGCUGUUUGUGAACUUCCAGAUUUCAACUGACUUUAAAGAGAUGAAGAGAUUAUGUACAUUUUUGAUGCCAUUUUUAUAUGAUUGGGAUUUUAUUUUUCUCUUUGUUUUACCUUUGAAAUUUGGAGCCAGACAUAGAUGAAAGGUGAUUCUUUGAUUUGAUUGAAUUCAAAUUGCUAAUUUUAUGAAUGUAAGCUUUACCAGUGGUUCUGGUCAGGCUAAAGCAGGUCGGCGUUUUUCCGCCAUGCCUCCUCCCUCCCUAACUUUGGUUUCCAUGGAGACUGGAAGACAACUGACUUCACAUAAACUCUGAGCCGAGGAGUUGUGGUUGCCAUGGUGUUGUAGCACUGACUCUGUGUUUGAGUCUGCCAGUGUUGUGCCUUUUCCCCAUCAGCCACAGUUUGACUGUUGUACUCACCCAGCCAACACUCCAAAGAACUGCUCAGGCCUCCUCUACUCUUCCACUAGAGGGCGCUCUGCAGAGCAAACUACACAGGGAAAAGUGGUUCUGAUUUUACUGAGAAUAUACAAUGUUUUACCAGAAUCCA